UGCAUUUCCUGCUGCAGCUCAGACGGACCUGAGGCUGUUUCAGGUUCUGUCCUGCUCCAGCUGGACCUUCAGACCUUCAGACCCUCAGCUGGUCUUCAGGAGAUCACAACCAUCUAAGGUUCUCCGCUCAGGUUGGUUCCUUCGUGACCUUGAUGCUCAGAGAUCUGGAGGAUCUGGACCAGCGCCGGUUCCCCCUCAGCAGAACCUCGGACCUCCAGCGCCGCCUCCAUCAUGUGAACUGGACGUGGAGCUAUUCGUUUCAGACGGUUCUCUUACGGACGCUCUGCAGAACCUUCUCCUGAGGCUUCAGCUUCUCAACAAGUCCAGAUCAACGUUCCUUCACAUUCCUGAUUUAUUCCUGGUUCUACGUGGACUAAAGUGUUCCCUCCUGCUGCGUGGUUCUGCUGGUUCUGGAGAUGAGGGAGCUCCUUCCUGACCUGACCAGGCGCCAGCGGCAGCGUCUCACCAGCCUCCCUGCUCCUCCAGCCUCCUUCCCCAUCACCUCCUUCUCCAUCCACACCUCCAAGAAGUUCCCCUUCUUCCACGUGGUCAAAUGCUGCAGGUACGAGGCCGAGAACGCCUUCUUCUCCAGCCUGAAGCUCACCGACUUCAACAUCAUCGACACGCUGGGAGUCGGAGGCUUCGGACGAGUCGAGCUGGUGCAGCUGAAGAGCGACGAGGCCAAGACGUUUGCCAUGAAGAUACUGAAGAAGCGUCACAUCGUGGACACGAGGCAGCAGGAACACAUCCGAUCAGAGAAACACAUCAUGACCGAGGCGCACUGCGACUUCAUUGUCAGGUUGUACCGGACGUUUAAAGACAGUAAGUACCUGUACAUGCUGAUGGAGGCCUGUCUGGGUGGAGAGCUGUGGACUCUGCUAAGGGACAGGGGUUCGUUUGAAGACUCCACCACCAGGUUCUACACCGGCUGUGUCCUCGAAGCCUUCGCCUACCUGCACGCUAAAGGCAUCAUUUACCGAGACCUGAAACCCGAGAACCUCAUCCUGGACGGCCGAGGAUACGCCAAGCUGGUGGACUUUGGUUUUGCGAAGAAGAUUGGGUUCUGUAAGAAGACCUGGACAUUCUGCGGGACUCCAGAGUACGUUGCUCCUGAGAUCAUCCUGAACAAAGGCCAUGACGUCUCAGCAGACUACUGGUCUCUGGGCAUCCUGAUGUACGAGCUGCUGACAGGCAGUCCUCCGUUCUCAGGUCCGGAUCCCAUGAAGACCUACAACGUCAUCCUGAGGGGCAUCGACAUGAUCGAGUUCCCCAAGAAGAUCACCAAGAACGCCGGCAACCUCAUCAAGAAGCUGUGCAGAGAUAAUCCGUCGGAGAGACUCGGAAACCUGAAGAACGGAGUCAAAGACAUCCAGAAGCACAAGUGGUUUGAAGGUUUUAACUGGGAGGGGCUAAAGAAAGGAACUCUGACUCCACCCAUCACACCUGGGGUCUCAUCUGCGACCGACACCAGUAACUUCGACAGUUUCCCUGAAGACACAGAUGAACCGCCGCCAGACGACAACUCUGGGUGGGACUACGACUUCUAAACCUGGAGGAGGAGGAGGAGAAGCUCCUCAGCAGGAUGAGCAGAUGUUUCCUGAUGUUUCUCAGAUGAUCUGAGUUCUGGAUGUUUCAGGAAGCAGGAGGACGAUGAAACCGAACCGACUGAUCCUGGUUCAGAUCCAGGAUCCACCUGAAGCUGCGUCUUCAUUGCAGGUUUCUACCUUUUACAGCUUCAGAACUUCGAUCAGCUGAUCUGAUCUCAGAGCUGCAGAAAAAACCUUGAACAUGAAGCUUGAAUAAACCAGAAGAGUCGGAUUCAUCUGCAGAAGAACUUUGUGGAUAUUUAAAAUGCUGCAAGAAGAUUAUUCAGAGUCUGUCAGCUCUAAAGAGGAAGAACUCAUUUCUGCCGGAGAACGUUUGGACAGAUGUUUCAGUUCAGGCUUUGUUUGGUCCCACAUGAUGCUGCAUCUCCUAAAUCUGGUUCAUCUGGAGCCAAAGUCACCAUGAAGUGCUUCCAGAGGAGGAGGAGGAUCCUCAACGUGCUACUUCAGAGACCCAAAGACCUCUAGAGUCCACAAAGACCUUCAGAGGUUCCACGAAGACCUUCAGAGUCCACAAAGACCUUCAGAGGUUCCACGAAGACCUUCAGAGUCCACAAAGACCUUAAAAGUCCACAAAGACCUCCAGAGGUUCCACAAAGACCUUUAGAGUCUACAAAGACCUCCAGAGGUUCCACAAAGACCUUUAGAGGUUCCACAAAGACCUCCAGAGGUUCCACAAAGACCUAAAGAGGUUCUACAAAGACCUCCAGCGGUUCCACAAGACUGGAGGUCUUCUCACUGAAGGUCACGCUGUGGAUGUUAAACUGUAUUUCCAGAGACUUUUCCUACAUUUUGGCCUUCAGACCAGGAUCUGCUCAUUAGUCCAUCAUCUCUGGAGGAGGAUCCUCAACGUGCUACUUCAGAGACCCAAAGACCUCUAGAGUCCACAAAGACCUUCAGAGGUUCCACGAAGACCUUCAGAGUCCACAAAGACCUUAAAAGACCACAAAGACCUCCAGAGGUUCCACAAAGACCUCUAGAGGUUCCACAAAGACCUCCAGAGGUUCCACAAAGACCUUUAGAGUCUAUAAAGACCUCCAGAGGUUCCACAAAGACCUUUAGAGGUUCCACAAAGACCUCCAGAGGUUCCACAAAGACCUAAAGAGGUUCUACAAAGACCUCCAGCGGUUCCACAAGACUGGAGGUCUUCUCACUGAAGGUCACGUUGUGGAUAUUAAACUGUAUUUCCAGAGACUCUUCCUACAUUUUGGCCUUCAGACCAGGAUCUGCUCAUUAGUCCAUCAUCUCUGGAGUUUCUUGCAAUUUUUCAAAUCAGACCUGAGAGUUUUUCAAAGUCUAAAAACUUUUUUAUCCAGUUUUAUUAUUUGUGGUUUAACUUUUAUCAAAAGAUCAGAAAAGCAGGAAGCAGUUUGUUUUUACUGGAUCUUCUUCUAGAUGUUUAAUCUGCAGCUUUGAGGUUCUGGUUCUGGUUCUGGUUCUGGGGCAGGAGACCUCUUGGAGACCUCGAAGCACCGCGAUGCCUUCAGUCUCUGGACGCCAUUUCUACUUUUUAACUUCCUGUUUCCUUUCGGUUGUGAGUCUUUGGAUGCAGAUGUUCUGAAACCUCCAAAUCAUCUCAGACACGUUGGUGGAUCAGCUGGUAGUCUGAAGAUGUUUUGUAGAAUGUUUCAGGAAUGUUCCAAGUGUUUCUGAGAUAUUUUCAAAUCUUUCAGCUUUUAAACAGAAUUCAGUAACUUUUCCUAAAUCCACAGAUUUGUCGUGAAGUUUGUUUAAAUAAAGUUAUUUUUUCUCAGACUUCAGCAGAAACAUUCAGAGAUAAACUCUGGAUCCAACAAACACUUUUAUUCUGAUUGUUUUAUUCUAACGUUCUGCUGCAGAGUUCAGAUGAAGAACAUCUGCUGCUUUCAUCCUGAAACAACCUGAAGGAUUUCUGUUGGUGACCCAAAAAAAAGUCUUUUAAAGAAAUAACAUGAGAAGUAAAGAACCGGACUUCAGUUAAACUCAUCAAGCAGCUGAUGAAGCAUCAUCCUGGAGUUAGAACGUUGAUCAUCUUUAGUCACAGAGAACGAUUCAUGAUCCAAUCAGUCAGAACCUAAAAGUCCAAUAAAGAACACAGAACACAAAGUUCAAACAGCAGCAGGAAAAUAAAACUCAAAUAGAAUCAAGAAAAACAGUUUGGAGACGAAACGUAAGAGACCGAAAGGCUUAAAGAACCAGUUUAAAGAACCCAAACUUACUAGGAACCAGUUUAAAGAACCCAAACUUACUAGGAACCAUUUUAAAGAACCCAAACUUAAUGGGAACCAUUUUAAAGAACCUAAACUUACUGUGAACCAGUUUAAAGAGGCUGGAACAUGAGUGACGUUCUCAUAUUUCUUAGUUCUGGUUUGUUCUAAAGGAUUUUUUGGAGUUCUAAAGCCAAGACUUUCUAUAAAAGCUGCUGAUCCUGGUUUCAUUUAUUUCUGUAGAACCUUUACCAGUGUUCUUGAAGCUUCUGCAGCAGUGUUUCCAUGAAGAAUUCCAGUUUGUUCUCUGCAGAACAUCUGAUGUUCCUUCUGUUGAGUGAAGGUUGAAGGGACUCGUGCAUGCUUCAGUGAGAUGUCGAUGUUCCGUAUGUUGUCCACAAACACAGCCAGCUUUUUAUAUUUGUGUUCUUGACGUUCCUCGUGGCCUUCCUGUAGUAGCAGCUGAUUCUUGUCUUCUGCUGUGAUAUUUCCAGUGAUGUGACUUCUGUGCAUGAGAACAGAAAAACAGUUCCAACGUUGAGGUUCCUCAGAGAACAGUCCGGUGGUGUUCAGCCGUUUGUUGGGAACUUUUAUUUACCAGAUGAGCAGCGGAGACUCGAGCAGAUGAAAUGUUUAAAAGUCUAGAACCUGGUGGAACCACAGAAAGACUUUUAGUGGUGACGUUUGAACCGAGACGUCACCAAUAAAUGUCUGCAGGAACCUUUUCAGAACCUUUGGAAUACACUGUUAAAAAGAUGGACGAAGCCUCUGAAUGUUCUCCACCUGCAUCCUGUCCUCAGCCAGCAGGAGGCUCCACAGCAGAAUGAGAAAAUAAAUCUUUUUCCAUUACCUCAGUUAGCAUUCUCCUCAGGAGUUUAUGGUCUUAAUCUGUGUUUUCAAGGUUCCUCUAACACAGUGUGUUGUUGAUUGAGUAAAUUUUGGUUCCACUCAGAGGAAAACAUGAUAGAUCAGUGGAGAAUGAAGUCCUCAAUCCAUCAGUCAGAUCUACAGCCCCGUUUUAACAUCCCGUUAAAAUAAAAAACAGGAUUUCAGAGCUAAAACUCCAAACUGGAGGCUUCACUGUGGCCACGCCCACCUUUCAAAUACAGUCUGUGAGGUGGAGGUAGUUAGCCUAGCUUAGCAUAAAGCAGCUAGCCUGGUUCAAAGUUCAAAAAUACACCUGAAAACCUCUAAAGACCUCUAGACCUUCUGGAUCAUCUGGUAAACACUCAGAAACCCAAGCUAAUGUUGUCAUGGUUACCUGGUGACCAGGUAAGCAGAUAACCAGGUAACCAGGCUGUUAAUGAAAACCAUUGAUGAGUCGGAGACAUGUUCGGACCAGAAGGAUUAAUGUUUGUGUUUAACUUCUAAUGAUGAUAUUUAUGAUAUUUUGUGGUUCUGAUUUUGUGAAGCUUGAUUUAUUUGUAUAUAUUUGAAAUAUGAAGUUUCAGCUGUCCUGAUCAUUAUUGUUCUUCUUCUUAUUAUUAUUAUUGUUGUUGUUGUUGUUACAGUGGUUGCCAUGGUAGCUGAAGAAAUCCUCCAUCAGUUCAAAAAGCUUUAUGGUCUCGACUGUUAUGACUAAAACUUUGCCAAAGCUGUGGGUCUGUUCAGAGAAUAAAGCCGUAAAAUAAC